UCUGGCACAGGAUCGGGAUCGUUGGAAGCGCUGUCUGACUCGUCUGCCUCCGCGACCCGAAAGGAGAAGCGGCGAUGGAAGAUGAAGAUGAAGAAGAAGGUGUGCUUCGACCUGGCCGGAAGCGACACUGCUCUUCUUGGAUCUUGAGGUCAACUCUUUCACGGCACCUCCUUUCUAGCACCUUUGUGCAGACUUUGCUUGGGAGGCUCAAUAACGUAAUGCCCCUAUACUUAGAGCGUUUCUUUUUUCUCCCUUUUUGAAU